AUGGCGGAGGCAGGCGCCGUGGCCGUCUGCGUGCGGGUCCGGCCGCUCAACAGCAGAGAAGAAGCUCUUGGAGAAGAUACCCAAGUUUACUGGAAAACUGACAAGAACACUAUUUAUCAAGUCGAUGGGAGUAAAUCCUUCAAUUUUGAUCGGGUCUUUCAUAGCAAUGAAACUACCAAAAAUGUGUAUGAAGAAAUAGCAGUUCCAAUCAUAGAAUCUGCCAUACAAGGCUACAAUGGUACUAUAUUUGCCUAUGGACAGACUGCUUCAGGAAAGACAUACACUAUGAUGGGUUCACCAGAUUACUUGGGAGUAAUACCCAGAGCAAUUCAUGACAUUUUCAAAAAAAUUAAGGAGUUCCCUGAUAGAGAAUUUCUCUUACGUGUAUCAUACAUGGAAAUAUACAAUGAAACCAUUACAGAUUUACUCUGUGACACUCGAAAAAUGAAACCUUUAGUAAUUCGAGAAGACUUCAAUAGGAAUGUCUAUGUGUCUGAUCUCACAGAAGAAGUCGUUUACACAUCAGAAAUGGCAUUGAAGUGGAUCACAAAGGGGGAAAAGAACAGACAUUAUGGAAUAACAAAAAUGAAUCAAAGAAGCAGCCGUUCUCAUACUAUCUUUAGAAUGAUUUUGGAAAGCAGAGAGAAGGGUGAGCCUGCUAAUUGUGAAGGAUCUGUCAAGGUGUCCCAUUUGAAUUUGGUUGAUCUUGCUGGGAGUGAAAGGGCUGCCCAAACAGGAGCUGAAGGUGUGCGACUCAAGGAAGGCUGUAAUAUAAAUCGAAGCUUAUUUAUUUUGGGACAAGUGAUCAAGAAACUUAGUGAUGGACAAGUUGGUGGCUUCAUAAAUUAUCGAGAUAGCAAAUUAACACGAAUUCUCCAGAAUUCCUUGGGAGGAAAUGCGAAAACCCGUAUUAUCUGCACAAUUACUCCAGUGUCCUUUGAUGAAACACUCACCACUCUGCAGUUUGCCAGCACGGCUAAAUACAUGAAGAAUACUCCUUAUGUUAAUGAGGUAUCAAGUGACGAAGCUCUCUUGAAAAGAUACAGAAAAGAAAUAAUGGAUCUUAAAAAGCAAUUAGAGGAGGUUUCUUUAGAGACAAGAGCCCAGGCAAUGGAGAAAGACCAAUUGGCACAACUUUUGGAAGAAAAAGACUUACUUCAAAAAGUACAGAUUGAGAAAAUUCAAAAUUUGACUCAAAUGCUAGUGACCUCUUCCUCCCUCACAGCCCAACAGGAAUUAAAGGCUAAAAAAAAGCGAAGAGUUACGUGGUGCCUUGGCAAAAUCAACAAAAUGAAGGACUCAAACUAUGUGAAUGAAUUUAAUAGGACGAAUGUAACGACGAAAACAAACAAAGCUGCGGUGACUUUACUAGGAGAAAUUGAUGAAUCUUUCUGUUCAGAGGCUGAUGUUUUCAGUAACACCCUUGAUACAGUAACUGAAAUAGAGUGGAAUCCAGCAACAAAGCUUCUAAGUCCGGAAACCUUAGAAAGUGAGUUGAGCUUACUUCAGGCUAACUAUGAGAGUCUGACAUUAGACUAUGAACAACUAAGAAGAGAAAAUGAAGAAAUGGAAUUGAGAUUAAAAGAGAAGAAUGAUUUGGAUGAAUUUGAAGCUCUCGAAAAGAAAACUAAAAAAGACCAAGAGAUGCAACUAAUUCAUGAAAUUUCCAACUUAAAGAAUUUAGUUAAGCAUUCAGAAGUAUAUAAUCAAGAUCUUGAGCAUGAGCUAAGUUCAAAAGUGGAGCUGCUUAGAGAAAAAGAAGACCAGAUUCAGAAGCUACAGAAAUAUAUAGACUCACAGAAGUCACAAAGCCUAACAAUGGACUUGUCGUGCUCGGCGGAAAAUACUGAAGAUCUUAAACAAAUGAAACAGACUCUGUUUGAUGCUGAAACUGUAACCCUUGAUGCCAAGAGACAAUCAGCCUUUCUUAGAAGUGAAAAUCUAGAACUGAAGGAGAAAAUGAAAGACCUUGAAGAUGCAUACAAACAAAUGGAAAAUGAUAUUAAGGUAUCUCAACGCCAAUUGGAAACAAAAAAGAAAAUGCAAGUCGAUCUAGAGAAAGAAUUGCAAUUUGCUUUUAAUGAAAUAGCAAAACUAACCUCUCUUGUAGAUGGCAAAGUUCCAAAAGACAUGCUCUGCAGCUUAGAAUUGGAAAGAAGGACCAAUGAUCUUCAAAAAGAGCUGAACAGAAAAAAUGAGGAAAAUGCGGCUUUGUGUAAAGAAGUGGAUUUUCUCUCUGAAUUGAAAUCUUUGUCCCCUGAAGUAGAAAUGCUGAGGAAAGAGAUACAUGACAAAUCUGAAGAGCUCAAUCUAAUAACAGCAGAAAAAGACAAACUCUUUUCUGAAGUGGCCAAUAAAGAGAAUAGAAUUCAAGGUUUACUUGGAGAAAUUGAGAACACCAAGGAUGACCUAGCUACUGCCCGGCUGAAUUACAAAAGCAUGGACCAAGAAGUUCAAGUUCUAAAAGCCAGUCAUAAGGACAUUGAGGAAAGGUACAAAGUGGCCCUUGAGGAGAAUGAGAGAAUGAAUCAGAAGUUAGAAACUCUGUCUAAUGAAACUGCAAAACUCGGGGUAAGUCUAGACAGUGUGAAGACUAAGCUUUCUCCCAAAGCCCAAGAACUUCAGCAGAAAACAAAUGAGAGUCAAGAAACUUUAAAUGAAAUGGAAGAGCUGAAGGAAAAACUAGAAAAUAGAGAUUCUAGGCUGCAAACUAUAGAAAAAGAGAAAGCAUUGCUUGCUGAGAAACUUCAACAAACCGUAGAAGAAGUAAGAAUAUUAACCCAAGAAAAAGAUGAGUUAAAACAACUCCAUGGGAGCCUACAAAUUGAGAGAGACCAACUGAAAAGUGAUAUUCAGGACACAGUAAACAUGAACAUCGAUACUCAAGAACAGUUACGAAACGCUCUUGAAUCUUUGAAACAAUACCAAGACACAAUUAACACCCUAAAAAUGAAAGUUUCUGAAGGAACAUCUAAGAAUUUGUAUAUCGAGGAAAACCGAGGAGAAACUAUGAAUGAAAUUCCAGAAGAGAUGAUUAAAAUAGACAAAUCCCAGAUAUUGAUUGCAGAUAUUGGAGAUAAUAAGCUGAUUGAACAAGAGGAGAAGAUAUUUUCUCUAAUACAGGAGAAAAAUGAACUCCAACAAAUGUUAGAGAACAUUACAGCAGAAAACGAACAAUUAAAGACUGACCUGAAGGACAAUAUUGAAAUGACUAUUGAAAACCAGGAAGAAUUAAGAUUUCUUGGACAUGAACUCAAAAAGCAACAGGAGACAGUGGCUCAAGAAAAGAGCCAACUGAUUGUGAAAGAAGACGAGCUCUCAAGGACCUCUGAGAGGUUGGCACAAGUUGAAAAAAAUCUACAGGAAAAGAGCCAACAACUUGAAGAAAUGCAGCAACAACUUCUUAGUGCAAGAGAAAAGAUGGGUGAGAUGCAGACAGAAAUAAAUGAAAUGGAGAAUUUAAAGAAUGAACUACAGAGCACAAAAAUAGCAUUGGAACAUGUAGAAAUGGAGAAGCUUGAGUUCACUAAGAAACUUAAUGAAAGUGUUUUUAUGAGCUCUGUCCUGGAAACAAAGGAAGAACUGAAGUCUGCUCACGUGAAUCUGAAAGGAUAUCAAGAAACUAUUGAUGAACUAAGAAGAAAUGUUUCUGAAAAGACAACUCAAAUAAUAAAUCUUCAGAAGGACUUGGGAAAAAAAUAUACUGAAUUACAAGGAAAGAGCCCAGUACUUCAUGUGGAACGGGAGCCACUUCCUAAUGUGAACGGAAUCAGUGAAAUGUGGGAAACAGGUGAACUGGAGCGACCGGAAGGGCAACUGAAAGACAAAGGUUCAGCACCUGCAAUCAUAGACCUGGACAGGCUAGGGUUGAUGACGAAACUUCAAGAAGGUCACGAAGAAAUAAAAUCUAUGACUAAGGAGAAAGAUGAUCUGAAAAUGAUAAGAGAAACCCUUCAAGUUGAAUGUGACCAGUUGAAAGAGGAGAUAAGAGUAACUUUGGCUAAAAUCCAAGAGGCUCAAGACAAGCAAGAGCAAUCCUUCAGUGUGAGUGACAAAGACAAUGCAACUGAGAAGCUGGUGAGUGAGAUGGAACAACUGAAGGAGCAGUUCAAAGCCAAAGAUGCCACCGUGCAAAGAAUAGAAAUGGAAAAGCUCAAGUUAGCUGAGGAACUCCAAGCAAGUGACGAUGAGGUGAAGUCUGUCACUAAAGAGAGAGAUGACCUGAAGAGGCUCCAAGGAGCUCUUCAGUCUGAAAGCGACCAACUUAAAGAAGACAUAGGGGAACUCACCUGUAAACACUUGGAAACUGAAAAGGAACUUAAAAUUGCUCAUUUGCACCUGAAGGAGCAUAAGGCAACCAUUGAUGAGUUGAGAGUGAAUGUUUCAGAAAGAGAAACUGAAAUAGCAAGCAUUCAAAAGGAAUUGGAAGCAGCCAACGCCGAAUUGCAGGAAAAGAUGGAAGAGCUUCGUGACAAACAGGAACAACAACUUAGUGUAACAGGAACCUGUGAGACACAAGAAACAGUAAGUGAACAAGAGCAACUGGUGGAGCAACUCAGAGUCAAAGAUUCACUGCUACACAGUGUCGAAACAGAGAAGCUCAAGUUGGCUGAGCGACUUCAGGAAAGCCAAGAAGAAAUAAAGAGUGUAACGAUGGAAAGAAACGAACUGAAAAGGGUGCAAGAGGUCCUUCAAAGGGAGAGAGAUCAACUCAAAGAAAAUAUUAGUGAAAUCGUAGCUAAAUGCCAAGAACUUCAAGAGAAAGAACAUCAACUUCUGAAGGUAAAAAAUGCUCUCAAGGAAAAUAUGUACCAAAUAGAGCAAUUGAAGAAGCAGUCAGAGACCCAGAACUCGAUUCUGGAAAGCACAGAAAUGGAGAAGGUGAAGUUAUCCCAGAGGCUUCAUGAAACCCUGGACGAACUGAGGUCUGCCACUAAGGAAAAAGAUGACCUGAGGCGAGGGCAGGCGUUCCUCCAGAGGGAGAGAGACCAGCUCAGAGAAAGCCUGCAAGAAACAGAAACUAAAGAUCUAGAAAAGCAAGAGGAGCUAAAAAUUGCUCACAUGCAUCUGAAAGCGAACCAGGAAAACAUUGAUAGACUCAGGUGGAUUGUUUCUGAGAAGGCAGAUGAAAUGCUCAAUAUGCAAAAGGAUCUAGAAGCGUCAAAUGCUAAGUUACAGGAAAAGAUCCAAGAACAGAAGGCAAACGAGCACCAACUUCGUAAGUUAAAAGAAGAUGUCAGUGAGGCCCAGAAAAAGAUAUCUGAAGUGGAACGAUUGAAGAAACAAUUAAAGGCCCAAAGUUUGACUCUGGAUAAAAUAGAAAUGGAGAAUUUAAAUUUGGCUCAGAAACUCCACGAACAUCUCGAAGAAAAGAAGUGUGUGAUGAAAGAAAGAGACGAGCUGAAGAGAGUGGAGGAAAUGCUCAAGCUGGAGCUGGAGCAGCUCCAGGAGGACCUGCGAGAAGUCACAGCCAGAGAUCUAGAAACACAACAGGAACUGAAAACGGCUCGCAAGUAUUUAAAAGAACACCAGGAAGCUAUUGAUAAGUACAAAGAAAAAGUUUCAGAAAAGACUGCCCAGGUUUCAACUAUUCAAAAGGAAUUAGAUAAAUCAAAAGAUGAAUUACAGAAAAGGAUCCAAGAAGUUCAGAAAAAAGAACUCCAACUUCUUAAAUUGAAAGAAGAUAUCAGUAAAAUUAAGAAAAAGGUGAAUGAAAUGGAAGAGUUGAAGAAUCAAUUUGAGUCCCAGUAUUUAUCUAUGCAAAAUUUGGAUAUGGAAAACUUGCAUUUGACUAAGAAACUUCAUGAAAACUGUGAAGAAAUCAAAAUUAUAGCUAAGGAAAGAGAUGAGCUAAAGAGAAUAAAUGAGUCUCUCAAAAUGGAGAGAAACCAAUUCAGAGAAGCCUUAAAAGAAAUUAUAGCUAGAGACCCACAGAGCCACAGAGAAGUAACGAGAAAUGAACAGAGUUCACUGCGUGAUGCAAAGCAGCACCUGACGGAAAACCUCAGAGAAAAGUGCUUUAGGAUAAAAGGACUUCUGAAGAAAUACUCAGAGAUAGAUACUCGUUAUGAGUGCUUGAAUAUGUUGUCUCUUGAUUUGGAAAAAGAAAUUGAAAUCCAAAAAGAGCUUUCAGUUAAAGUAAAAGCAAAGCUUUCACUUCCAUAUUCACAAACCAAACAGAUUCAGAAACUUCUCACUGUCAACCAGCGAUGUUCCACAGAAUUCCAUAGAAUCAUGGAGAAACUUAAGUAUGUGUUAAGCCUUAUUGCAAAGAUAAAGGAGGAACACCAUGAAGCCAUCAAUAAGCUUGAAAUGGAUUUCACUGGUGAAGUGGAAAAGCAAAAUGAACUGCUAAUUAAAAUGCAGCACCUUCAACAAGACUGUGACUGGCCAUCCAGUGAACACGUGGAUCUCAAACUAAGCCAGAAUAUGGAUCUACAUAUUGAGGAAAUUCUCAAAGACUUUUCAGAAAAUGACUUCCUCAGCAUAAAGACUGAAUUUCAACAAGUACUGGAAAAGAGGAAAGAAAUGACCCGGUUUUUGGAAGAAUGGUUAACUGCUGGUUUUGAUAUAGAAAUACUACAAAAUGACCUCCAACAAGAAAAUGAUAGGAUUUGUCAAGUGAAUAACUUCUAUAAUAACAAAAUAAUUGCCAUCAUGAGUGAAUCCACGGAGUUUGAAGAAAGCAGUGCUGCCACAGCCAAAGAAUGGGAACGUGACCUGAGAGCGAUGAGAGAGGGAACUGAAAGGAUGCGCAAGAACUACCAGAGUAGGAAGACCUCUCGGACGUCCCGUGCUGUUGUUAAUGCUGCUGCAGAAAAUGAUGGGGAUCGACCUGUUACUUCAAGACCUACACAACUAGCCUCAGAGAAAAUUCAAGAACUAGAAGCUUCACUACAUGAAGCUAAGGAAAGUGCUAAGUAUAAGGAAAGCAAGAUUAUCAAGAUGCAGAAAGAGCUUGAGAUGACUAACGGCCUGAUAGCAAAACUCCAAGCAAAAGUGAAUGAAUCCAAUCAAUGCCUUCAAAAGACAAAAGAAAUUAUCGAAGACCUCCAGAACAAAGUUGCUUUAGGAGCUGAGCCCUACAAAGAAGAAAUUGAAGAUCUGAAAACAAAGCUGGUGAAAAUAGACCUAGAGAAGAUGAAAAAUACCAAGGAGUUUGAAAAAGAAAUUACUGUUACAAAAGCCACUGUUGAAUACCAAAAAGAUGUUAUAAGGCUGCUAAAAGAAAACCUGAGAAGAAGCCAACAGAUCCAAGAUACCUCAAUGCUAUCAGAAAACGUCGAGCCUCAGGCUGUAACUAAAGCCAUCACCUGCGGGGGUGGCAGUGGCAUUGUACAGAGCACGCAAGUGCUCAUCUGGAAAAGUGAGCACAUGAAACUGGAAAGUGAGGUCUCCAAGUUGAAGCAGAGAAAUGAGCAGCUGAUGAAGCAGCAGAAUGAGCUGCGGAGCAACAAUCUUCGUCUUUCUAAAGAGAUCAAAACAUGGAAAGAAAGAACCAUUAUAAGAGAAGCUCCAAAAGAAGUCACUUAUGAAAAUUCCCCAAAGUCUCCUAAAGUGCCCAGAACGCCUUCUAAAAACAGACAGAAUACUCCUUCACAGUGUAAGGAGCGGAAUUCACAGGAAUCGCCGAAAUCCUGGUUUUUUGAUAGCCGAUCAAAGUCUUUUCCAACAGCUCAUCCAGUUCGCUAUUUUGAUAACUCAAGUUUAGGCCUUUGCCCAGAGGAACACACCAUCGGGGCAGAGAACGUGGCCCCUCCGCCAGAUCCCUGGCGCACCUCUUCCGGAAAAGAGAAGCCCGAGUGCACAACACAGUAAUUCCUCGGCCCCGGGGCGGCUGGUCGGCGUCCAGUGUCCGGGCAGCAGUGCGACCGUCCAACUUCAUUCACGUCUGUUUUCCUGUCACCAUUAGAACAGGAAGAUCAAGGAAUUGUAAAUUAACUUCCCGGAAAUUAAGAGCAGUGAUGUCAGUGCCUUCCUAAAUGUAGUAAUGCUU